CCUUGGCACUCCUCUCAUGCAUCUGCACAGAAAACGUCUCUCUACUCUUAAGCUCUCUCAAACCCCAAUUCAUUUCACACCCUAUACUCAUAAGAGUCAUGGCUUUCUCACGUGCCAUGCUCAUGCUAACCCUAAUGCUAGCUCUCAUAGCCACCUCCAUUGCUCAAGGCCCAACAUCAUCACCACCAACAAUGCCACCAACAAGUGUCUCAACCCCACCAUCUAGCAGUGCUGCACCCCCACCAAAUACACCCACUCCAUCACCUGCCACGACAGCCCCAACAGCUGCCCCCCCAGUCUCGUCACCUUCACCAAUGAUGUCCCCAGCUCCUUCAGGAACCCCACCAAUGAGCCCUGGCCCAAGUUCAAGCCCACCGUCUUCACCAAAGGCUCCUGAAGCACCAGCACCAGCUCCCGGACCACCAGCACCACCUCCCGGACCACCAGCACCACCUCCCGGACCACAAGCAUCACCUCCACCUGCGUCGCCACCUGCGUCGUCACCAGGAAAUGGAGCUUUUGUUCAUGGAAAUAGAAUGGCCUUGUCGGCAUUGCUUGGAGGAGUAGCAUUUCUGUUUGUUUAGUUACAACAUUUCUUGUAAGAGCUUAGCUUGAUGUAGAUUAUGAUCAUGAUGUUAUCUGUGUAUUCUUUUUGUCUUUUAACUUUGCUUUUCUUGUUUCUUCUGGAUGUUUCUUCGAUGAGCUGCAUUUGUUUUUGAAUGUUUUAGAUAUAUAAUUAAUUGUGUUGCAGCUCUUGUGUAGAAGCAUUUUGGCUUUAGCUGAAUAAAGAUCUUAUUCUUGAU